AUCCAAUUCCUGCUUUUCACACCUCUCCGUUUCUCUCUCUUGAAAUUGCGUGAGGUUUCCGUGAAUGUGACCUCUGCGUUAACUUUCAUAUUUGGAGGGAAAUCUGCUUCCACUUUUACAGAAUUUGAUGGGAUUGGUCUCCUAUUUUUGACCCCCGUCUGUUGAUUCUCUCUAUUUUCUUUGGUUCUGGACAAUUUCUCUCUGUUAUGGAGGGUAAAGUUCCGGAGAUGGAUGAGGCGAAGAAGGCAGAGACACACAUGAUAUCAGCUGCGGCUUUUGUGGAGGGAGGGAUCCAGGAGUCUUGUGAUGAUGCUUGUAGCAUAUGCCUCGAGGGAUUUGGUGAUAGCGAUCCUAUGACGGUGACAAGUUGCAAGCACGAGUUCCACCUUCAGUGCAUUCUUGAAUGGUGCCAAAGAAGCUCCAAUUGUCCUAUGUGCUGGCAAAGUAUUAGCCUGAAGGAUCCUGCAAAUCAAGAAUUACUCGAGGCUGUACUGGUGGAGAAGACUGAGCCAAUUGCAGCAGCUGAAACUAACCGAUCAGUUCCAGUCACAUCUGCAAAUAACAUGGGAAGCAAUCAAAAUUCAGCUUCAUCAUCCAGACCUGUAGUGGGGCCAACUUCUGGCCGAGGAUCAUCAAAUGAUAAUAGAAACUAUGCAAGCCAAUCAUCGUCCUUGCCAAAUCAAGAAAGAGCCGGCCCAUCUGAGUUACAGUCCAUUUCAGAUUCCUGGAAAUCCCGAUUCAGUUCUAUGUCAAUGAAAUACAAGGAAUCCAUUUCAAAGAGUACAAAGGAAUGGAAGGAGAAGCUGUUUUCUCGUAGCUCUUCCAUGGCAGAUAUUGGUUCUGAAGUCAGGAAGGAGGUGAAUGCUGGAAUUGCCACUGUGUCCCGCAUGAUGGAUCGUCUUGAAAGUAGAGAUAACAAUAGUCAUGUGCCAGCAACAAAUGGCGCAGAAAGUUCUUCGGCCACUGGAUCAAGCAACAUUAGUAGGGAUACUCCCAGUGAUACAUCAUUGAAUGGAAAGGACUCUGCUUCUGUUGCUGCAAGUUCACUAUCAAGUUAAGUUUAUAAUAUUGCUAGGGGUGUCCAUCCUCAGCAUUUCAUCUUUGAAGGUAUAUGAUCCAAAUAUGACAUGGUGAGGAUGAGAUAGUGAAGGCUAGAGUUUCGGUAUAAUCGUUGUUUGAUCCCAAACAGAAAACGGAAGGCAGCUUCUUAAAUUUGGCUUACCAUAAUAUCUGUAUCUGCUUGUAAUAGCAAACAUGAAUCUUGCAGUGUAACUUUCAGAGUUGGAUUUGGGCAGAGAUAGUGUAGUGGAUGCUUUCUUGAUUCUCCAUUUGAAUUAAUGCAUUGAACUUGCAACACUUUCACUAAA